AUGGCUACUACUAUUCUGACAAUGGCCGUACGCGUUCGUAAGCCUGUCCAUCAGCGGCCUCAGCUCGGUCCUCACAUGGCUAUGCGACUCCCUGAGUUUACCUCCUCACCACCAAAAUAUAUUAAGCGCCGUGACAGCCAUGGUAUUGGAAAUGCUUACGCUGACUCCUCUACCGCGUCCGGCUUGGGCAAACACAAAAUGACCCUUCGACUAAGGAUCCGCGGCUUAACACAGGGGCGGGAAAACCUUUCACUCCAAAAAUAUCCUUAUACACCCAGUGGAUGCCCUCCCAGUCAGAGACGCCAGCGAAAGUGUGCGAUGCCUCACCAAGGGGCAACUAGGCUGAGUUGGAUCCGACGACUGCGCCCAAAUUCCCGGCGUUGUUUCCUGCUGGAGCAUCACUUGAGCACGACGUGA